AUGGCACAACGUAAUCAUGUACCAAAAUUUGGCAAUUGGGAGGGUAGUGACAAUGUUCCUUAUACGGCAUAUUUUGACAAAGCUCGGAAAGGUCGAACUGGCUCAAAGAUGAUAAACCCAAAUGACCCGGAGGAAAAUCCUGAUUUAGUUUUUGAUAAUUCAUCAUCUGAACAACCACCUCCGUCCAAAUCCAAACCUAGGGUCGAAUCAGAGGAUCUAUACGGAAAGGGAUCAGCGCGAGCAACAAUUGAGACACGUAAGAGUCUCGAAGAUGGUGAUCCUAAGCAAUAUGCUGACUCUCCAGCUCGUCAUGACAAUGUAGGCAAUCGGAGUUCCAAUGACUCUACACCUCGUCUUGGAGUAGGUUCUGCUGAUAACCGCCGAAGACCUUCAAGACAAAGUACUGCUGGGUCUGAGUACAGCGUUGAACGAUCACCCCUUCAUCGUCAGGCUAGAGCUCCGGGAAAAGACAACCCCUCGUUGGAAACAAAGAAUUCUUACGACAACAGCCAUGGUACACCAGGGAGAUCUCGGCUAAGACCAGUUAAUCGAGGGGACGAAACUCCUGAGAAAGGCGCGGCUGUUCCAAAAUUCGGUGAGUGGGAUGUGGGUAACCCUGCAUCAGCUGAGCGCUAUACUCAAGUUUUCAACAAGGUGAGGGCAGAGAGACAGGGUGGGCCCGGACAUGCACCCGGCACACCUAAUGAGAGGCCACAUGUUAUCCGCAACCAACCUUCCAAUGGAAAAGUCCAGUGUUGCUGCUUUGCUUGGGGAAGAAAAUGA